AUAGCCUAUUGGAGCUCUGAACCCCAAGCGAGCUGUCUUCUAUGCUGAGCGCUAUGAGACCUGGGAAGAGGACCAGACACCACCUUACCAUUACAACUCGCACUACUCCACAGCUGCGUCCACACUCCUGUGGCUUGUUAGAAUUGAGCCAUUUACCACCUUCUUUCUCAACGCUAAUGACAACAAGUUCGACCAUCCCGACCGGACCUUCUCUGCUAUAGCAAGGUCUUGGCGGAACUGUCAAAGGGACACCUCUGAUGUGAAAGAGCUGAUCCCGGAGUUCUACUAUCUCCCUGAGAUGUUUGUGAACAGUAACGAAUAUAAUCUGGGGGUUAGAGAUGACAGGACAGUUGUAUCUAAUGUUGAUCUCCCUCCCUGGGCGAAAAAGCCGGAAGAUUUUGUCCGGAUCAACAGGAUGGCUCUGGAAAGCGAGUUUGUGUCAUGUCAACUGCAUCAGUGGAUUGACCUUAUUUUUGGAUACAAGCAGCGUGGACCUGAGGCGGUCCGUGCUCUCAACGUCUUUCACUACCUGACUUAUGAGGGCUCAGUCAAUCUGGACAGCAUCACAGACCCUGUUCUCCGAGAGAUUCCAGAGCCUUAUUUUAUUAGAGAACCCCACACUUUCCUCCUUACAUCCUCAUUUAUCAAGGCCAUGGAGGCACAGAUACAGAAUUUUGGACAGACGCCAUCUCAGUUGCUUAUCGAGCCACAUCCGCCUCGGAGCUCUGCCAUGCACCUGAGCCCCCUCAUGUUUAAGGAUCAGAUGCAGCAGGACGUGAUCAUGGUACUCAAAUUCCCCUCCAACUCCCCCGUCACUCAUGUUGCAGCAAACACACUGCCCCACCUCACCGUCCCCGCAGUGGUGACGGUCACCUGCAGCAGGCUCUUUGCUGUCAAUAGGUGGCACAACACAGUAGGUAGCACUGCCACGUUGGAAUUGUUUCUCCAGGUGACCUACGAAGCUCACAAGGAAUACCUGGCCAAGAUGUACGAGGAGUACCAGAGACAGGAGGAGGAGAAUAUCAAAAAGGGGAAAAAAGGAGGUGUCAGCACCAUCUCAGGCCUGUCAGCUCAGGCCUCUGGAGUGAAAGGAGCCAUUGAGAUCCGAGAGAUCGACGACAACUCUCAAACCCAAACCCCCGAAAGUGAAACCGACUACCCGGUGACCACGGACUCCAGGAACCUGCUAGCCGAGGCUAAGGUGCCAGAAGAUGGGCUGAUAGCGCCGGAAAGGCAGAUGAGCGGUGUGCGAGUGGAGGUCCAUGAUCUGUUGGUGGACAUCAAGGCGGAGAAGGUGGAGGCAACUGAAGUGAAGCUGGACGAUAUGGACCUGUCCCCGGAGACAUUGGCUGGAAGACAAAAUGGCAGCUUGGUGGAGGUAGACUCCCUCUUGGACAACGUCUACUGUGCAGCCGUAGAGAAGCUGAAGAGUAACGUCAAUGGGACCCUCGUUCCCAAGCAAAGCGAAGACAAAGACAGCGGGCCCUUGAUAACACUGGCUGACGAAAAAGACAGCGUCCCCAACAACAGCAACUCAUUUCUGUUCAAUAAGGUUCCGAACCAAGACGAGAAGCUGCUGCCUGAGUUCACGUCCAACGUCCCCAUCGUGAUGCCGAAUUCCCAGGAUGCUCAUGUGCACACCAGUGCCAGCGAUGACUUGGGUCUCCUGGCUCACAUGACGGGCAGUGCCCACCUUACUACUUCAACAAACAUCCUUGAGGACAACGAGUUCAAGAUCCAAACGACUUUGGCCGAAAUAAGCUCCAUUGCAGAGGCUGCAGCCGCAUCCAAAGUGGCCGAGUAUGCAGAUAUUGCAGGCCCCGGGGUUGACUCCGAUCCAUCUGUGAUCAAAACAGUGGGUAGCGCAGAUGCUGCCAGUACCAUGUCAGAUACAGAGAGAUCUGAUGACGGCAAAGAUAAAGAGAUCAAGAAGAUCCAAACAACAGCUACUACUACCCAAGCUAUCCAGGGCCGUCCAGAAAGCCAGAUGGAAAGGGACCUGAGGGUUGACCUGGGCUUCAGAGGAAUGCCAAUGACAGAGGAGCAGAGACGGCAGUUCAGCCCUGGACCUCGUACCACCAUGUUUCGAAUCCCAGAGUUCAAGUGGUCCCCCAUGCACCAGCGACUUCUUACUGAUUUACUCUUUGCUCUGGAGACUGAUGUCCAUGUUUGGAGAAGCCAUUCCACAAAAUCAGUAAUGGACUUUGUCAACAGUAAUGAGAACAUCAUUUUUGUGCAUAACACCAUUCACCUAAUUUCCCAGAUGGUAGACAACAUAAUUAUUGCCUGUGGAGGAAUAUUGCCGUUGUUAUCUGCAGCUACGUCCCCUUCUGGUUCUAAGGUUAGUAUUGCCGCUACGGAGCUGGAGAAUAUCGAAACAACUCAAGGCAUGUCGGCGGAGACAGCAGUCACCUUUCUCAGCAGGCUCAUGGCCAUGGUUGAUGUGCUGGUGUUUGCCAGCUCCCUCAAUUUCAGUGAGAUUGAAGCGGAAAAGAACAUGUCUUCUGGAGGCUUAAUGCGACAGUGCCUGAGGCUCGUGUGUUGUGUUGCUGUGCGGAACUGCCUGGAAUGCAGGCAAAGACAACGUGACAGAACGACAAAGUCCUCAAUGCCAAACAGUAAGACUCAGGAGAACCUGCAGAGCACGAGCGGGACAACUGCUGCCAAGACCACCAUAGAGAAUGUCCCCAGUAACCUUUCUCCUAUCAAGGACCCUGACAGACUGCUUCAGGAUGUGGACAUUAACCGUCUGCGGGCAGUAGUCUUCCGUGACGUGGAUGACAGUAAGCAGGCUCAGUUUCUAGCGCUGGCAGUCGUCUACUUUAUUUCUGUAUUGAUGGUAUCAAAGUAUCGGGACAUCCUUGAACCGCAGAGGGAGACAGCCAGGUCUGGGAGCCAGUCUGUAAGGAGUAUCCGUCAAGAAAUCAACUCGCCAACAAAAAACCCUACCGCUUUCUCUGAGAGCAUUAAAGAGAAAGAAACCCCAAGCCCUUUCGAGGACCUUCACAUAGAGAGCUCCCUCCCACACACGGACUCAGGGAUUGGGGAGGAGCAGGUCUCCAACAUACUGAAUGGCACAGACCUAGAGACCAGCGCAGGCCCUGAUGCCAUGAGUGAGCUCAUCUCCACCUUAUCCUCCGAGGUAAAGAAGUCGCAGGAAAGCCUCCCUGAAAGCCCCAGCGAAAUGCUCAAGCCAGCCUGCUCCAUAUCGAGCAUCAGCCAUGGAAGCAAGGGGAUCAACGUGAGGGAAAUCUUAAAGAGCCUGGUGGCUGCACCUGUUGAAGGUGCAGAGUCUGGGCCUGAACCUUUACCCUACCCAGAUCCAGCCGUGAAAAGAGAAGCACAGGCUAUUCUCCCUAUGCAGUUUCACUCCUUUGACAGGUAAUGAGACCAGUAAACAAGCUUACAGCUAAAAUGUUAUUCAACACACUAUUUAUCAGACCUUUUCAUUUUAAACGUUACAAAACUAGCAACAAACAACUCAAAAUAAUAAUACAAGUACUACAGA